AUGUCCAACAAAACCGACUCACAAGCUGGAGAGAAGGGCAAAUUCCAGCCCGUCUCGCAUAAACAGUCGCAAGACCUUCCCGGCCUCGAGCGAGAUAUGAAACCUACUAGCGAAUCGACAGCGCUUGAGGGAGAGGAUUCCUUUGUUGAAUAUGCUGCUGCUGGAAAGCUAAAGGGCAAAAAGGCCAUAAUCACAGGAGGAGACUCAGGAAUCGGCCGCGCCGUGGCCGUUCUUUUUGCUCGUGAAGGCGCCGAUAUCAGCAUCGUGUACCUCCCAGAAGAGCAGCCCGAUGCCGAGGACACCAAGAAGAUGGUAGAGAAGGAAGGAAAACAGUGCCUCUUGAUACCGGGAGACUUGAUGGAGAACAAGACCUGCCAGGAUGCAGUGUCGAAGCACGUUGAGAAAUACGGAGAGGUCAAUAUCCUUGUCAACAACGCCUCGAAACAAAUAAAGUGCCCCGACUUUGCCGACAUCGAUCUCGAUAAUGUGGAGAGUACUUUCCGGAGCAACAUUCUACAAAUGUUUGCCAUGACCAAGUACUCCGUUCCUCACAUGCCUAAAGGCUCUACCAUAAUCAACACUGCUUCCACUGCGCCAUUGUCUCCUUCACGCACGCUCGCCCAGAAUCUCUUGCAGAGGGGCAUUCGAGUCAAUGCCGUCGCCCCCGGCCCCGUACAUACCCCGUUGCAGCCGGCAUCCAGAUCCGCAGAAGAGAUGGAAGAGUUUGGCCACAAGUCGAAGCUCGGCAGGAUCGGGCAGCCUAGUGAGAUCGCGCCUAGUUUUGUCUUCCUGGCCUCCAAGGACUCGGAGUUGUACUACGGCCAGGUCUUGAAGGCAUUCCCCGUUGGCGACUAA